UCUAUCUAUCUAUCUAUCUCUUCUGCACCUUUUUCGUGUCCAUCUUAUAUUCCAUGUCGUCCUCUACAUGGCCAACGGCAUAACUGUUGAAAAAACCUUUCUUUAGUUUUCGCAAGAAGGUUUAUUAGUAUAUUUUCCAGACAAUAUGUUUUCGCCAGAAAUGGAGUCAUACCAGUCGUCAUCAUUGAAACAAAAAAAUCCCGAUAAAAUCGCGACCUCAAGAUUGUUAAAAUCAUUUGGUAAUUUGAUGUUGCGGAACUACGAGCAAGACAAAAUUUCAUUUUCUGAAACAAGCCAGAAUAACGAAGCAAAGAUGAACAGCAAGCAGUACGAAGUUCCAGUGUUUACUCCUCCUUCGAUACAGUUAGUCGUGGUCCCAAAUGCUCCGUUAAAACCGCGAAACCGUGUUUCAAAAAUACGCAUGAAACCUCGGAGACUCUCCUAUAGUGACCAAGACACAGUCGAUAACGAGUCGGCAGACGGAAGGAAGAAGUCUCCGCAGAAGAAGUCGGAUACAAAGGAAAUUGUACUGAGAAACAAAUUGCCUCAGUCAAGCAAUAAGGAGAAUCAAGAUCGCGGCAAACCGCGAAAUCGGGCAGAGGACAAAGAAAAAAGUGCUUCUUUCUAUCCGUCAAAUACAAAACAAGGACAUUACAGUAAAGGACAGAUCAUCAAUUUCGGGUCAUUCAUCCCGAAAUGUAAGCCUUCAUCAACAUUAAAGAUGUCGCUUAUAUUCAAUGUAUCCAAGAAGACCAGUAUAUCUUCACAAAUUACAGCGGAAACGACUUACAUUCCAAUUAGACCGAGCAAAGAAACAAUCUUUCCACUUGAUUCCUUUCCGUGUGAAAAGCAAAUUCAACAUUUUUCUGAACUAUUUCUUCAAAACUGAUGGCGGUUCAUUAAAAAAAAAAAUAUAUAUAUAUAUA